GCUUCUGCCCUUACCCCUCCCUGAUUCCUCUUAUAUUACCUGCCUUUCUAUAUAUUAGUUCUAUAUAAAUAAUAGGAGAUCUACCUUUAUCUAGUGAUGUAGGACGAUCAUCUCCCCAAGUAUACCGCAGUCUAUACAGCUGGUCUAUGACUUACACUCCUUAUUACCAAUUUCAGUUCUACAAGUGUACAUAUUCCUACAACGUCAUUACAUCUACUUUACUUACAUGAGCCGAUCCUUACCUCAAUAACAACAUGUUCGUGAAAGUGCUUACGUCCGUGCUAGCCCUAGCGGCAUCAACCGUAUCAGCCGAGAGCGCACCCGGUUACGGAGGCUUCAGACUGGUCUGGGCGGAGACCUUCGACGGCGCGGCCGGAUCUACAGUCAACAGCAACAACUGGAACAUCAUCACGGGCCUAAAGGUCAACAAUGAAUGGCAGAGCUACACGACAUCCUCACAGAACCUCCAACUCAGCGGUGGUGCCACCGUACAGAUCGUGCCGCGCAAGGACAGCAGUGGCCAAUGGACUUCGGCACGUAUCGAGUCCAAGUAUACAUUCACACCGCCAGCGGGCACGCAGACGAUGACCGAGGCGAAACUACGAUUCGGCGACAACAACAUCGCGAACAAGCAGGGAAUGUGGCCCGCGUUCUGGCUCCUGGGUGACUCGAUCCGUAAUGGUGCGGGGUGGCCGGCAUGCGGCGAGCUGGACGCCAUGGAGACGGUCAACGGACAGCUAAUAGGCUACGGCACGGUCCACUGCAAUGUGUACCCCGGCGGUAUAUGCAACGAGCCCAGCGGCAUCGGCGCCGCCAUCAGCAUCCCCGACCAGAGCUGGCACAACUGGCGUAUCGUCUGGGACCGUCGCGCCAGCAGCUGGACCGGCGAGACCAUCACAUGGUACAUGGACGGCCAGCAAUUCCAACAGAUCUCCGGCGCUCGCAUCAACAACCAGAACGUCUGGAACUCGCUCGCCAACUCGGCCAUGUUCUUCAUUCUCAACGUCGCCGUCGGUGGUGACUGGCCCGGCGCGCCCAACAGUGCUACCCUGGACGGGUACGGCAGCAUGAUGGAGGUUGCGUACGUCGCGCACUACCUCGCAACUUAAAUAAAUUACAAAUCCACAAUAUCGAAACGGAGAGGUGAUAGGCUAUGGGAUAUGGGAACGGGGCUGGGGCUGGGGCUGAGGCUGAAGGAGUUUGGAUUGAGAACUUGGGUCGGGUGGGAAUAUUCUUGCAUUCUUCGUCCUUCGCUCCUGAACAUAUUUGACCUUCUUGCAUAUGCAUACAUUCGCUUCUUGUAUAUACUUUCGGAGGCCUUGUAUAUACCUACUUACAUGCCUUCUGAUACUUUCACCAAUAACGAACAGUUACAAGCCAGCUCCUAUAUUAUUGCGUGUAAACAACCCCUUUACCCAACCCCCUUAAGUUGCAUCGGAGUUGAGUAUGAGUCCUAAGUGCUGGGAAAUAUGACGCCUUGGUGAAUUCUAC